CUUUUAAAACAACGACCCACAAAUAAAGAAAAACCCCAAUAGAAACCUCAAAGGCCCUUGCUCGAUUGUGAAACCUCAACCCAAAGAAACACGAGGGAAUAAAGGACGUCCGACUUCCUCAGGGCGGCGCUCGACUGAACAACCCCGCCGCACUUCACUCUCAGCCGUCACCGUCGGCGGCGUCUAUCUCGUAGGAACUAGCUGAUUAAUCAUAGUUUCAGCAGAAGAGAUGGCUCCUGCUCCAUUUAUUGAUAUUGGCAAGAAAGCCAGAGAUGUCUUAACCAAAGAUUACAACUUCGAUCACAAAUUUACCUUAUCAGUGCCUAGUGCCAACGGAAUGGGUUUGACAGCCACAGGUGUCAAGAAGGACCAAAUCUUUGUUGGUGAUAUAAGUACACAGUAUAGGAGUGGGAAAACUACAGUUGAUGUGAAAGUUGAUACCUAUUCAUAUGUUGCCACAAAAAUAACUUACGAUGAAGCUUUGCCUGGCAUCAAAACAGCUCUUAGCUUCAACAUUCCUGAUCAGAAAUCUGGGAAGCUAGAUGUGCACUACCGGAAUUAUCAUGCUGCAGUGAACUCAAGUGUUAGCUUGAAUCCUAGUCCUACCCUGGACUUCAAUGCUGCCAUUGGCAAUGAGGACAUCAGUUUGGGUGGGGAGAUGGCGUUUGAUUCUGCAUCUGGUUCAUUCACCAAAUACAAUGCUGGGAUUACCUUCAACAAACCAGAUUUUUCUGCGGCCCUUAUACUGAUGGAUAAAGGACAGACUCUUAAAGCUUCGUAUUUUCACACUGUGAAGCCAUCAACAGCUGUUGCAGCCGAAAUGGUUCACAGAUUUUCUAAUUAUGAGAACGGAUUUACGAUUGGUAGCUCACAUGUAGUUGAUCCCACUACACUGGUGAAAACUCGUUUCUCUGACAAUGGAAAGGUCGGGAUGUUGUGCCAGCGUGAAUGGAGGCCGAAGUCACUGUUAACAUUUUCAGCUGAGUAUGACACGAAGGCCAUUCAUUCAGCCUCUAAAUUCGGCAUUGCAUUGGCACUUAAACCUUGAGAUGCUACCGCCGAGCAACUCUGGUUGAUAUACCCUGCAUUGAUGAAUUUUUGUUUCUGAUCAUACAAUUUUAUGACCCCAAAUGGGUGUUGUUUACCCAAAUGUCAAAACUAGAGACUGAAAAUGUAUUCACAAAGUAGACCAUUCUAAAGCAUUGAUGGGAUUUAGAUCCAUUUUUGGAUAGUUUGCAGAUGCUACUACAAAAAUCAGCAUCUCAGUGCUUUCGUUUACAAGAGAUUUUGUGCUGCUUCAUAAUGAAUCUCCUCCUGAGAUUUUUUUUCUGUUAUUUUUCUCCUGAAACCUAUAAUAUCUUCUUGCCAAUUACCACACCAGAAUUCUUAUGUAAUUGAAGUAUUUUUUUUACAGAAAUUGUUACUGUGAUUUCUGUAACACUCGGAAAAUAAAUGUAGUUUUGCAUUCUCAGCUUA